AGCGAAACUAACUAAUCCAAUUUCAUCAAGUUGCAACUUGCCUAAUUAUUUUUUUAAUAAUAAUAAAAUAAAAAAAAAAAAGAAAUAGAUUGUACUAUUCUGUUUGUAAAUUUCAAAGAAAUUUAGUAAUCUACAAAAUUAUGUUUUGGACUGUUCUUGGUAGCUCCGUUUUGCGUCAUCUGUUUUUUUGAUGAAAUCUGAAAAUUGGUUUGAACAUCAAAGGUGGUAAGGGAUCUUCAUAGAGGGAUGACUUUUUUGAAGAUUUGAACACUUUUUUUAUUUUAAGUUUCAGCGCUUUGUUUGUCAUAUCAUUCUUAUCUAUAUUUUUUCUUAGAAAGAAGCAAUGAGUAUAAGAGAAAAUGUUGAAGCAGAUGAAAGGUUUUCAAUGGCAACACCUUCAUGUAGUUCAGAGAUUGGUAUUGCAAUCAAUGGAAACAAGAAUAGCAAAUACAUGGUUCAAUGGGCACUAAACAAAUUUGUUCCAGAGGGAAAUAUUAACAUCAAAUUGAUACAUGUUCAUCCCAGGAUUCUGACUGUUCCCACGGCAAUGGGAAAUUUCCUUCCUAUUUCGGACGUGAGAGAAGACAUUACAGAGGCUUAUAAAACGGAAAUGCAUUGGAAGACAAUUGAACUCCUUCUUCCUUACAAGAAAAUGUGUCUUCAAAGAAAGGUAGAAGUAGAGGUUGUUGUCAUUGAAUCAAACGAUGUGCCAAAUGCCAUAGCAGCCAAGGUAGCUGAAUUAGCCAUUACCAAGCUCGUCAUUGGAGCGCCUUCUCGUAGCAUGUUCACAAGGAAACCCAAGGGCCUGUCAACAAAGAUUUCAGAACGUGCCCCAAAAUCUUGCGCAGUCUAUGCUAUUUCGAAAGGCAAGUUGUCAUCCGUACGUCCAUCCCAAUUGGAGAGAGUUCAAAGUGUCUACAGCAUGAACAAUGACAUUAGUGAUUCAUAUUCUGUCAUAUCUAAUUCAAGCCAUGCUUCCAGCUCCCAAUCAGAAGUUGGUUCGGUUACUUCAUCUUGUAGUUACCAAUCUUCUUCGCUGACAUUGCAGCGAUUUCAAGCUCUUAAAUCUAUGAAUCAGACACUUCUCAAACCAAGAAAACUUUCAUGUGAUAGCUACUAUUUCAAAUAUCAGUUGACGGAUCUUGAGGAAGGAAAGGAUAAUGCAGAUUCUUGUUCUAGUAUUUCUGAUGCUGAACACACAGUGAGUCACAUCUCUAGUAGUGGGAGCUUUGCAAACGAUAACCAUUCCUUUACUUCUUCUGAUCAAGCUUCCACCUUUGAUGUGUGCACAGAAAGUUCAAUGUCUGAGAGCCCGGCCGACCUCAACUUUGAGCUUGAAAAGUUGAGAACAGAACUCAGACAUGUCAAAGGAAUGUAUGCAAUGGCUCAAAGUGAGACAAAUGCUGCUUCUCGAAAGCUGAAAGAUCUAAACAAAAACCUGUUGGAUAAUUCCAAAAGGCUUGAAGAAAUUAUCGCGGAGGAGGACAAAACAAAAGCACUAGCAAAAGAAGAGAAAGAGAAGCAUGAGGCUGCCAAAAGAAAAGCUAUGUAUGUGAGGCAAUGUGUUGAAAGAGAAGCCUCUCUGAAGAAGGAUGCUGAGAUGAAAGCUAUGCAUGAUGCUAAAGAGAUUGAGAAGCUUGAGAUUGCUCUCACGGGUAAUUUACAACAAUACCAGCAAUUUACAUGGGAAGAAAUUCAGUCAGCCACUUGUAAUUUUUCUGAGGUUCUUAAGAUUGGUUUUGGAGGGUAUGGAACUGUCUACAAGUGCAAAUUUCAUCAAACAACUGCUGCAGUGAAAGUUCUUAGCUCUAAUGAGAGCUGCAAAGAUAAGCAGUUCCUGCGCGAGCUUGACAUCUUGAGCAAAAUUCAUCAUCCCCAUUUGCUUAUCCUCAUUGGGGCGUGUUUAGAUCGCGGUUGCCUUGUUUACGAGUACAUGGAGAAUGGUAGCCUGGAGGACAGGUUGAUGCAGAGACAAGGAACUCCUCCCAUCCCUUGGUUUGACAGGUACAGAAUUGCUUGGGAAGUAGCCUCUGCACUUGCCUUCCUCCACAAGUCAAAGCCCAAACCAAUCAUCCACCGUGAUCUUAAACCAGCUAACAUCUUGCUUGAUCAAAAUCUUGUGAGCAAGAUUGGGGAUGUUGGCCUUGCUGCAUUGUUUCAGUCAGACCAAUCUCAUUCAUCAACCAUGUUUAUGGAGACAGGACCAGUUGGAACCCUCUGCUACAUGGAUCCCGAGUACCAAAGGACUGGUCUAAUCUCUCCAAAAUCAGAUGUUUAUGGUUUCGGGAUGGUGAUUUUACAACUACUGACUGCAAAACCAGCAUUGGCACUAGCCCAUGUGGUGGAAACUGCUGUUAAGGACGGUCGUCUAGAGGACAUUUUGGAUUCAAAAGCAGGUAAUUGGCCGAGCGAAGAAACAAAAGAAUUGGUUGAAUUGGGACUCAGCUGUGUGGAGCUUUUCCGUAAAGAUAGACCUGAUUUGCAAGCUCAAAUACUUCCCAUACUACAGAGAUUGAAAAUUACAGCCGAUAAAGCCCGAGAUUCGGCUUCUAGAGUGCACUUUUCACCUCCUCCUAAUCAUUUCAUCUGUCCAAUUCUUAAGGAUGUGAUGAAUGAUCCUUGUGCUGCGGCGGAUGGCUACACUUACGAUCGUAAAGCCAUAGAGAUGUGGCUUCAAUCCAGUGACAUUUCGCCAAUGACCAAUUUGCCAUUGUCAACCAAGAAUCUAGUACCAAAUUACACUCUUCUUUCUGCCAUUAUGGAUUGGAAAUCCAAAUAAAAUCAAAUAACUUUUUCUUUUCUCAUUUAGGGACACAUUGAUUGUAUAGAGUGGUGGAGUUGCUUAAUCUAAAAGGUUCAAAGGGUUUUAGUUUAGUUUAGCUUAGCUUAGACUCUAGAUGUAAUCUGUUCAUAUUUUGGAACGUUGAGUUUCAUAAAUGUUGAACUUAGUUUCUUGUUUUAAGAAAAAGGAUGAUGCAUUUGUGUAUAAAUUUUGGUUAUAUAUGAGAUUAGCCCAUGUGUGCUAUGCUCUUCUAACA